GUGUGAAUUUUUCGAAAGCUAUAUAGGUACCUCGUACAGGUUGUAGGGUCGACAGUUUCUUACAGUCCUGGUCUCAUACAGCUUCGCGGUCUGGGGAUUGAGUUUAAAAUAAUUUAUCACUAAAAUCAAAAAUUACCAGAGAAAAAGAAGAAGUUACCAAAAAAAAAUUGAUUGACGACAAAAAAUUGGAUCGUUGAGAGAAUGAUGAAGCGCCAAUUUCGUGAUUUUCUCUUUCUUAUUUGCCUCUCGUCUGGUAUUACGGUCAUGAUGGAGCCGAAGGACAGGGUAAACGAGCCUGACCUCGAACCUGAAAACCCACCAAGUUUCACCGAUGUAUUUGCCAAGUGUCUUGUGAAAAAAAUUCAUGGAACCUUCGAGUGCUUUAAUCGUGGUAGUCUCAGUUUAUUGGGAUCUUUGAAUGAUCACGAUCGUUUGGAUUUUGGUGAUGUUAAGUUGUUACGGAGUGAUGGUGAGGCUAGGGAUCUACUUGAUCUUGAUUAUGAUCCCAAGGAUUUCGGAAAUGUUGUUAAGGCAGCGGCAAGAUUGAUGGAGAGGAGAAAUUUAAAGUGGGAUAUGGGGAAUAUUUAUCCGGGUCUUCAGAUGAGGGUUGGUCCCAUGUUGAAUGGUAAUGGGGUCUUGGAAUUCGUGGUUGACGAGAGAUAUGAAGGACAGGCCGACAGACAACUUGGAACCGGUAGAAUGCUGGUGAGGAGUCUGCUGCUCCCCUUUCUCCUCGGCUUCAAGUUCAGUCUUUCCUCCCUAAUUCCCCUUGUCUUCGGAAUUCUCCUGGUGGUCACGAAGAAAGCCCUCCUGCUGACGAAAGUUGCCCUGCUAUUAAGUGGCCUUCUUGGAUGGAAUUCUCUGGUAUCAUCUCCUGGCCUGAGUGGCUUUGGUGGAUCAGGACCAGUACUGUCCCAUUAUGGUUACGGUGGUAAUCACCACUUUGGCUUUGGGCACAGUGGUCAUGGCCAUCAAUUUGGUUACAGGCCAUACAGAACUCAACCUGGUGAUUAUGGAGGGUACAAUCAGCAUGUGAUCAGAGAAGUUGUCAAUGUCUAUGAUCCAGAGGUAGAUGCGACAGAAGAUGACAACGAGAAUACCCCUAGGAGUGCUAAAAACUUUGUCUGGGCCGCAAGACACUGAAAACUACACUGCGGAGGAAACAAAGGAGUGAAUGAAAAAAAUAUUGUUUUGCAUAGUAGGAGAGAAUCAUUUCUUAGAAAAAAAUGAAUCACUUUUUAUUGUGCAUCAAUAAAUUUUUGCAAAUGGCUGACAAUAAAUUGAUGCGAGCGAAUUUGCAUUGAUUCAGGUAGAUAGUGUUUUGGAACUAUUGGGAGAAAUAUUUCUGUGAUUUUCACUCAUCAUUUCUCUCAGUAUACCACGAUGAUAUUAGAAAUAUUUUAUAUUAAAAGAAGCUGUGCAACGUUUGGCGUUUCCGAUCUAUUACGUGCGGUAUAGACUUAGACUUUCAUUAGAAUAUAGUAAACAAUUUAAUUAAAAUUGA